UUUUCUAGAAGCUCUUUCUGUUAAUCUAAUCUGUAGGUAACCGCUUGACAAAUCUAGUGAGGAAUAAUAGUUGCAGUUUCCUAUCCUUUCCAUUAUUGAUUCUAAUCGCGGAAGAGGAAAGUGGUCUGGGACUGUUACUUCGUUAAGCUUCCUAAAAUCAAUGCAGGGUCUUAAACCUCCGUCUUUCUUUUGUACUAGAACUAUGUUCGAUACCCAUGGAGUGUCUGAUUUAACCAUUACUCCAGAUUUUAAAAGUGCUUCAAUGUGUUUCUGAAGUUCUUCUCGGUAUUUAAAUGGAACUCUAUGUGGCCUAGAUGUUAUAGGUUUUUCAGUUGUGGUAAUAAUGUCAUAUUCACCUGCUAUACAUGACCCUAGAUCAUAUUGUGUUUUACUAAAUACAUCAGAGAAUUCUUCACACAAUUUUUCUAAUUUUUGUCUAUCUUCCCCCUGUACUGAGCUUUUAGAGAAGUCUACCUUGAAUGUCGGAUUUGCUUCUACAGUGUUUACAUAUUCAUUGACAUUAAUGUUUUCUACCUGUGUUAACCAUGGCUGUUCAUUAAUUGACCAAACCUCAUCAGCCAGAGCAAUGUGCAUUCCUUUACAUAUGUGCUUUGGUUCAGUUGUUGGAUUGGCAAUCAAAAUUUUGUUUUCUUUUGCAUUUGGUGCGACCACUGCUUCAAUGAGUGCAAGAUGGUCCUUCUCAAGCCUUUGGUCCAGUGAGUGUACAAGUGCCAAUUUUUCUCCACCAUUAGUUUUAAUUUUCACUGAGACAAGUCCGUGUUUUCCUGGUAAAAUUGUUUUAGCUUCAAUAGCUGCUACACGCAUGUUUUUUGACUUUGACUUAUUUUUAUCUGAAUAAUUAAAUUUGUUUUCAAAAUUAAUUUUUCCUUUAUUAAAAUCGAAUGUUAUUGGCGGAAGUCUUUUUAGA